UCCAAUCCGAUCCUUGUGUGAAACCGCCCUGAAAAGCUCCCCUUCAUUCGGCGUAUUAGCUUAGUCGAGCGACGUCAUGGACGCCCAUGUGCUGCGCUACGGCCAAAAGGUGCGGCUAGCGACUCGCUCCGCCUACGUCGAGAACGCCGCCACCUCUCCGUCGGAGCUGGGGAUCGGAUACUACGAGAAGAAUGGACGCCACGGGAUCUUGAGCUGCGUGCCGCCGCUAGGCCCCAAGCUCCAGCAGCUCUUCACAGAAGACGAAUUCCUGGUGCUACAUCCUAGUGGCCAACGCUCUCAAGGAGAAAAUGUGCUCUACGGAGAGCCACUGGUACUCAUAAACCAGCACGGGAUGGUCUGGAACAACAAAACGGGCGGUAUCACGGGUUACGUGGGCCCCAGACCUCGUGGUGUACCUGGUGAGAUGUACGUGUGCUUUACAAAGAUCCCAGCGGGCGUCGGUGUGACCAAAAACAAGAAAGACAAAGGAGAUAAAUUGGACAAAUUGACGUCUUCUACGUCCACGCUGUCAGCGUCGGGGAGUUUGUCCAUGUCGGAGAAUCCCGAGACGGAGACUGGGCCAGUGUGCUUUGGCGACGCUAAUGUGGCCAUUACAGUGGUGGAGUCCAACCGCCACUCGCAGAUGUUCAACAAGAGACUCAGCAACUUUAAGAAGCCCACGAGUAAAAUUGCCGGUGGAUACAUUUGCUGCGAUGGCAAGGGUACAGAGCUGAGGUUCGCCAUCUGGCCGGCCAAGCCUAAGAUCGAGCAGAUUUCCAUGCUGAACAAGCUCAUUACUCCAUACAAUUACGGCCAGAAGAUCGCACUACCACUGGGGCUAUUGGAGAGCACCGCCAGAAGGACAAAUACCGGAAAUACCGGUUGUAAGAAGGCGGUAGCGGAGAUUUUCUUCCAGUUAUCGAACGGAGGGGAAGCUGUACUGCCUGGUACGUUGCUGCAGCAGAAAAUACUGGCACAUGCCAAGCCUCAAGGGCCUGAUGGAGACGAACCCGAGUCAGUUUUUGAGCUGCCAUUAAGAAACGGACCUGGAGAGCUGGUGGUGAGACUUACCGGUAUUGCACCGCGCAAGAUGAUGAGAAAACUUGCCACGAAGAACGAGAAACACCCUUCAGCUCCUCAGAUUAAGCGUGGCAUGGCAGUCUUCUAUCGUGUAUCGGACUUGCUACGUCGCGUGCCUGUGCCGAUCUUUGCACUGUUCUACGCAGUGCUGACUCAUCACCUUUGGGGCGCCCUUAACACUAUGGAGGAUGGUCUACGUCGCGAGCUUGUGGUACUGGUACUGGUGAUGCUUCCUGCUUUCUACGUCGCAGUUAAAGUGGAUCACCCGUUCUCGUCGCUCUUCCAGCCUCCAGUAUUCGAGCCAGAAGUUGACGACACAGAGUAUUCAAGCCCUACCGCCAGCGGUACACUGAAGCUCAUCGUGACUGAGUACCGCUUUGUUCCUGGGGCCCAAAAGGCCAGCGCCAACGGAAGCGUUCGCCGUUCAAGUUCAUCUCAACCACCAACAGCUAACGGAUCAGCAGCUGCACACUCCGUUACAGCAUUAGAAGCCACUGGCUCUGUCCCCAAGAGGUUUAUCCUUGCUGAAAAGGGAGAUGAAGUUAAGGCAUUGGAACGAUACAAUGAAACGACCCAGUGGCGGCGCGAAGAAGGCGUGGAUCAGCUCCUUGAGGAGCCCAGUCCGCAUUUCAAGAUCAUCAAGGAGAAUUACCCGCACUACUACCACAAACGCGGCAAGAAUGGCGAGCCAGUGUACUACGAGAAGCCAGGAAAAAUCAACCUGAAGGCACUUAAGAGUGCGGGUCUUACACUGGACGAUCUGAUGCACAACUAUCUCAUGAUCACGGAAUUCCUAUGGCAAGUGAUCGAGCAGGAUGACAACCGUAAAGGUAUAUCGGUAUUGGAUGUGGAUGGGAUCGGUAUCUCGGACUUUGCCGGUGAAGCUGUCGAGUAUGUUCGUAAGGCUGCUUCAGUGUCGGGUAAGCACUACCCGGAGCGCUGUGCCUACAUCUUCGUGAUCAACGUGCCGUCCUGGUUUAGUAUGAUCUGGAACACAGUGAAAGGUAUGGUGGACGAUGUGACUCGAGAGAAGGUGAUCAUUGUUCGUGGUAAGAAGAAAAUCCUCGAGGCUUUGUCGGAGCGCAUCCCAGUGGAGAACAUCCCUGUUGAAUACGGUGGAGAGAGCGAUGGUAAGUCUCCGGAAGAGGAUCUGUUGUUCAAUCUCAUGGCUUACGUGAACAACGACGAGGACGCUCCAGCAUCCAACCCCAUUGAAGAGAUUCUCAGGAAGAAGCCCAUCAAGCACUGACAUGACGGCUUGCACUGUGUGUCGCCAUUUUAAACAAAACAAAUAAACAGCUAGGAUUCAACGCGUUCA